AUGCUGCGUGUGGCACGGUUAGUCCUAAGGGCUGGGGUUACAGGCUUGCCGUCCCGUGGCAAAGCCUCUCUAACUGCUAGAAUGGUGCAAUACCGGAAGAUGCGGAAACCAACACAGCCACAGAACUGGUUGGUGGAUUAUCGGGAACGAUACAUCCCCUUUUCCAAGGGGCAGCUUGUUAAUACUCUACUGAAGGAUUUCCAUUCCUCCAGCCACACAGAAAGAGUCUCCUUCUUGGCAUUUGUCUCUCAAGUGGACACCUCCCUUCUUCACCGCUAUCACUCUGUCCUAGAGCAGCUCAAGGCUCUCUAUGAACCAAUUAACCCCGACCAGGAUACACUGCAAGAGUCCUCUUUGCUGGAUGCGGAACGGUUAACGAAAGAGCUGGACGUUUUGGGCAGGUUGGAACCAUUGCUGGACCAGGCCAACUUCAACAGCCUGUCGGAGGAUACGCUGGCAUAUGCCCUAGCGGUCAACCACCCUUAUGACGAAGUCAAGGUGUCUGUGAAUCUGGAGCAGUAUGAAUACAUGCGAUUCUGGGCUCUCGGCCAACGCAUCGGCCCGCUGCGCGUGAUGACGACCCUUCAGGCCCAGAGGGGUUUCUUUGGCACGUCUCCUCGGAUUCCUGCAGACAGGCAUUAUUUCAAGCGGGUGGUGGUAGCCACCCGGAUCAAGAAUGCGCAUCUGGUGCUGAAAUGCUUUAAAGACAUCCCCCUGGAGGGCUUGGAGCAGCUCCUGCCGGCUGUCAGAGUCCGCACGUCCAUCUUGUACCGGGCCCUCCUCAACAGCAUGCUGAUCGUGAGCGGCUUGGCUGUUUUCGUCAACGUGGGCAUGGUGGUGCUUUCCGACCUCAAGAUUGGCACCACCUCCCUGCUGCUUUUCUUCACUGCUUUCAUGGCUUUCCGUGCUUGGAAGGUCUUUGGCCAACGCAGGAACGUCCACGCCCUUGAGCUGGUGCACAUGCUGUAUUACCGCAGCACAUCCAACAACUCCGAGCUGCUGGCCUCCCUGAUUCUGCGGGCCCAGGAAGAGCACGCGAAGGAAGUUAUCUUGGCCCACAGCUUCCUCCAGAGACAGUGCCAUCUGCAGAAGGACGCAGACUCCAAAACCAUGGAACUCCUGAGGAAAGAUGUUCAGGAGUGGUUACGCCUCCGCUCUGGGCUGGACAUCGCCUUCUGUGCCGAGCGGGCCUGCAAGCAUCUGAAGGAGUUGGGAGUGGGGGCGCAGGCUCCCCCAUAG